AUGAAAUUAGUGCAUCGCAGAGGUUCAAAACUUACAGAAAUUAAUCCCAGAAAGUUGGAAUCAUCUUAUGGUUAGAAUUUAGAUCAGACUACUGAGAUUAAAGGAGACAACUUUUAUAAAACACAAUUACAGCUGAAACCCAUUAAAAUUGAAGAUUCAAAUUAAAAUGUCUAUUCAAACCACUCUUAAAACAUAAGGAGAUAAAUUCUAAAGGAGGCAGUAGCUUAAAAUAGCAAUUACAUUAGCUUGAAUCUUAAGAAUACUACUAUCAAUCAGACUGUGACAAAGAAAGGUCUAAAUUUAUAGCUGUCAUUGACUAAUAAAGAGACUAAAGAGGAUUCUCGAAAUAUGGGUACGAAAAUAUCAAACCAAACUUAGACAAUCUUUUAAUCAAGCUAAGCUAUGCCUAGAAGACAUAUGAGACCUUAAACAUCACAUAAAAGAAAUUAUCUUAUGAAUUAAACAUCUAUUUCUAAUGAUCCAUAUUCUGUGGUUGAAUCCUAAUAGCAGCUAAUGAAAGCAAUGAAGUUUAACAAAGGGAAUCAAAACAGAUCAAUAAGUGCUGUAAAUUAAUAUGAUAUUUUUAAUUCAUCAAUCUAAUAAUCAGACUUUGUUUAAAGCUCCCUAAGUCAUCUUAAAGAUCUUUCUCCAAGCAAAAUGUUUGUUACUAGUUUUCAAUAUGAUGAGGAGGUUGAUUUUAAUUUGAAAAAUACGAUUGAUGAUAUCACUAUAGUGCAUCUGUUUGAUGCAAGAAUGAAGGAUAUGGAUUUACUAAAUAAAGGUUCAAUGAAAAAGGCUUUUGAGCACUUUAAACUAUAUAUCAAUACUCAUUCUAGGUAUGGUAAAUUAAAUCUCAAAAACAUGCAGAUGGGACUUAACUCAGCUUAUUUCAUCUCUAAAAUGCUAUAAAAAUCUCGAUUUUCGAAUGUGAAAAUCCUUAAUCUUUCAAACAAUAAUCUUUGUGAUGAUGGAACAAGGAUACUAUCAUACUACCUAAAUGAUAACUUAUCUUUGAUUGCAUUAAACCUUUCGUCUAAUAAUAUAACCUGCAUUGGUGCUAAGCAUUUAUUUGAGGCUCUUGAGAGCAAUUAAUCGAUUGUCGAUAUAAAUAUAUCCACCGAAAUAGAAAGUAAUACUCCAAAUAAAAUCGGCCCAGCUGGAGCUUAAAUGCUAGCUUAGUUGUUGUUAAGUUAGAGGUUUAUAGCCUUUAUUAAUUUGAAAGGAAAUGGAAUCGGAAAUAAAGGAUUUUAAGCGCUCUGUUAAGUACUAUAAAAUAGUAGCACUGUCCUUUCUUUGAAUGUUGAGAAGAAUCAUAUUUCAAAUAUAGGCUUGGAUAAGCUCACCUUAAUGAUGGAAUAAAAUGAUGAGCCAUUUAGGCUAUAGGAACUAAUAAUUGCCAAGAAUGACAUUGGAAAUCAAUCUAUUGAAAACUUUAUGCAAGAAUGCUGUAACACAUCACAAAUUUUAAACUUAAACAUCUCUGACUGUUCCUUUGAUAACGAAAUAGCUCGAAGACUUUUUAAUUCCCUAAAGAAUGCAAGAUUUCUGAGUUAGAUAAACCUCUCAUCAAAUGUUAUCAGUUCUUGUCCAGAAUUUUUAAUGAAAGAAUUUAUCUUAUCUAAUUCAAAUCUUCGUAUUCUUAAUCUCAGCUAAUGCCAAAUGGGAGAUCCAGCAGCAAUAGGCUUAUUUAAAGGUCUUUAAAAGAACAAUAUACUAUUCAACCUUAAGCUUAGACAAAAUCUUUUGACUGAUGCUGUUAGCGAUCAUUUAUACAAUCUGCUCUAGUGCAAAGUAUCACUAUUGAAAUCAUUAGAUUUAUCUCAGAAUUAGUUGACAGAUAUUACAGGAGUAAAAAUUGCAAAUUCCCUUGAAACAAAUAUGAUUAUGAUCUCUAUAAAUCUUUAAGGUAAUAGUCUAAGGACAGCUUCUGGAGAAGCUUUUUCUAAGACUACAAUUUUAAACAAUACAAUUUAAAAGAUUAAAUUGCGAUUCAACUUGAUUAAAUACAUACACAUGAAAUCAAUAAAUGCUAAUCUAGAUAACAAUAUUGCCAAUAAUCUUACCAAAGACAUUCCGUACAAGAAAGAGGAAAUUAAACGAAUGAAAUUUGAAUAAAAGAAAAAAACUGAAAUUACAUCAUAGAUUGAAUAGAUCAAAUCAGAUAAAGAUGUGGAGUAGAGUGAAAUUAUGGCUAUGGAAAAGGAAUUCUUAGAAAUUUAAUUAGAGGAAGAAUAGAGGACGAAGAGAUUGGAGGAAGAAUUAUAAAAGUUACUGAAAAAGAGAAGAGUCUUGGAUUUUGAAUUUGGAUUGCUUGAUGAUAAGGAAUAGAAAAUUUAAUGGAAAAAAGAAUAGGAAGUCCAGAUUCUUAAAUCUGGUAUUAAUGGAAUAGUUGGUAUGCUUCCUGUUUAUGCUCGAGAUAUAAAAGAAGGUCAAGAAAAAAAUAAGAAAUUAAGGAAAGAGUUUAGAGAAUAGAUUAUGGAUUUAAAGAGAGAAAAAAAUAUUGAGAAAGACAAGGAGGAAAAUUAGUUCUCAAUAUAUAAAAUGACAAGACGAGACCAUGAUAAUUAGGUAAGAGAAAUUGAAGUAGAGCAAAGAUCUAAAGAACUUUAAUAAUAAAUGAUGGAGGAAGAGAAGUUGAGACAAGCAAGUCUACCUUAGACAAAAAGUAAGAAGCAUAAGAAAAAUAAGAAAAAAGAUAAAAAGGAUAAGGACUCAGAGAAAAUGUGA